AUGGACAAUCAGUGGGAAUCGCGAUCAACUGGAGAAGGAGGCAUGGUAGAACGAAGACGAGUCGAGUGCAAAGACUCUGACGUAUAUGACGAAGACCUCGAUGAAGACGAGACUGUUGGGGAAGAUGAAGAAAAACAAGAGGACCGGGAUGAGGAAGGAGAUAAACUAGAGAUAAGAACCUUGGGGUUGUUAGAUGGCCGGCUGGAAAAUGAAGUAAUGUCGCCCGAAUCUAACGCAUCUUCUUCAUCCACAUUGGUCGUCAGCCAACACACGGACACGACGCCACGGCCGUCAAGCCAUCGAAGGCCGUGGAGGUCAAGUCAAAGCAGACCAAGAUAUUCGUCUAAGGUGGCAAUGGAUGGCAAUAAGGGUGGAUUACGUAGAGGUCUUGCGGAAGCGCUCGCUGAUGAAGAUGAGGUGCUUUGGGUAUGUUCCUUAUAA